GUACUUACACAUGUGUUCGUACACGAUGCCAUUAUGUAUAUGAAUAUUUUACUUGUACAAUCAUUAGAUUAGCGCUGAUCAUAAGUAAAUCAAAGUACAAUAAUACAGUGUAGUGCGAUAAUUUACUGUAGAAGAAUAGUUGAAGAACAAUAGUGGAAAUAUUAUAAUUGCAGAAUUAUGGAUUUCGAGUAUAAUCCUACAUGGCCGUAUGCAAGGUUCUGUAAUUGUACUUCACUGACUAGCUGUCGUUGCGGAGAAAAUAAUGAGCAUGAAUGGACAUGGGACAAAGGAAAUAAUACAUAUACCAUCCUUUUAUCUGAAAAUAAUUUAAAAGUUAAAUUUCACAAUGGCCAUAGUUAUGGUACAGCAGUUGUGAGAGGUACAAACGUAUUAGAAAAAGACAGGCAUCAUUAUUGGGAAGUUAAAAUGCUUUCUUAUAUUUAUGGAACCGAUAUUAUGAUUGGAGUUGGUACAAGUAAUGUGAAUUUAAAUAGUGCAGAACAUGACUUCUGUUCCUUUCUUGGGCACGAUCGCGAAUCUUUUGGUUUUUCUUACCAUGGAUAUAUACAACAUGCUGGUAAAAAACUUAAUUAUGGCGCUUGUUUCGGGCAAGGUAGCUUAGUAGGGGUAUACUUGGAUACAUGGAGAGGCACUCUAGAAUUUUUUCUUAACAGGAAGCCACUAGGUAUUGCUUUUACUGGAUUAAGGCAUUUGGCGUUAUAUCCUAUGGUGUGUUCCACAGCUGCACAUAGUAUGAUAAGAUUGACUUAUAGCUGUUCUGUGCCAGCUUCUUUAUCAGUAUCUUGUUUGUCAGUAUUAAAAUCAUCACAUAGAGCAUAUUUAUCGACUAUGAUUCCUGGAUUACGGUACCUUACUCAGAGCAUUUUUGCUGAUAUAUUAAAAAUUCACUCAAACAGAGACGAUGAGAAUGAGAAGGAUGAACUCCAAUUUCUAACAAAUUAUGUAAUUCUAGAUGACUUUGACUUUGCACUAGUGGGUAUGGGUAUAAAAAGGAAGAAAAUGUGUAGGUGAAAGGAUGUGGAUAACAGACAUGGUCUCAAAUUAGUUGUAAAAUUUCUUAUUUAUAGAUAAAAACAAUCAUUGUAAAGAUGUGCAUUAAAAACGAAUUAUUCUUUCACACAUAGAAAGUUUCAUGUGACUUUAUAGAGUUUUAUAAAAGUGUAAUAUAAUGUAUAUGACGAUUUUUUUUUAAAUAUUAAGUAAAAGCAUUAUUAAAAUUUCUUAA